CUCCUUUGUUUCUGUUGACUGAUCUGGGCCUGCUUGACACAAAGCAAUUCAAUUAUUCUUAAACAGACCUUUUAGAAGCUGAUGCUCCACACCAGGAGGUGCAGUUUGGACUACUACAGGCAGUUCUUCCAUUGCAGUUCUGCUCGCAUUAACCAUGUGGUUUUAUAAUCUUUUGCUGAGCCUCGACGUGAAGGGGCUUUUCUUGUUUAUUUUUCUUUUCCUUCUGAUAGCAGACUUCUACAAAAGCAGAAAACCAGCAAAUUUUCCUCCAGGACCAAAGGCUCUUCCCUUUGUGGGGAAUUUCUUCAGUUUGGACAGCAAACAUCCACACGUUUAUUUCCAAAAGCUAGCUGAGAUCUAUGGGAACGUCUUCAGCUUCCGCCUCGGCCGGGACUCGAUCGUGUUUCUGAACGGAUACAAGGCGGUGAGAGAGGCGUUAGUGACCCAAGCUGAGAACUUUGUGGACCGACCAUUCAACGCCAUAACAGACAGGUUUUACACUGAACCCUCAGCUGGUAUCUUUAUGAGCAAUGGUGAAAAAUGGAAGAAACAGCGACGUUUUGCUUUAUCUACCUUACGCAACUUUGGCCUGGGCAAAAACUCUUUGGAGCAGAGUGUUUCUGAGGAGAUCCAACACCUGCAGGAGGAAAUGGAGAUCGAAAAAGGUAAACCUUUCAACCCAUCAGGCCUUUUCACCAAUGCCGUGUCCAACAUUAUCUGCCAGCUGGUCAUGGGGAAAAGAUACGACUACACCGACCACAGGUUUCAGAUGAUGCUCAGGUGCAUGUCUGAGGCGGUUUUGCUGGAGGGGAACGUUUGGGGCCAACUCUACAUGGCGUUUCCGAGUGUGAUGAGGCACAUGCCAGGUCCUCACAACAAAAUCUUCAGCCACUUCUCCAGUGUAGAACAAUUCCUUUAUGAGGAAGUAGAGCAGCACAAGAAGGAUCUGGAUCGCGACAAUCCCAGAGACUACAUUGACACCUUCCUCAUUGAGAUGGAGAACCAGCACAAAGAGUCUGACCUUGGCUUCACGGAGGCCAAUCUGGUUUACUGCGCCAUUGACCUUUUCCUCGCUGGAACAGAAACGACAGCCACCACACUGCUGUGGGCUUUGGUUUUCCUCGUAAAAUAUCCUGAGGUUCAAGAGAAAGUCCAGGCAGAGAUCGACUCAGUGAUCGGACAGGCCCGCCUUCCCUCCAUGGCCGACAGAUCUAGCAUGCCUUACACCGACGCUGUGAUCCACGAGAUCCAGAGAAUAGGAAAUAUACUUCCUCUUAAUGGAAUGAGGGUUGCUGCCAAAGAUACAACUCUGGGUGGUUACUUCAUACCAAAGGGUACGUCCUUGAUGCCAGUAUUGACCUCUGUACUGUUCGACAAAGCUGAAUGGGCCUGCCCAGACACCUUCAAUCCUGGACACUUCCUGGAUGACAAUGGGAAGUUUGUGAAGAGAGACGCCUUCCUCCCCUUCUCUGCGGGAAAACGGGCUUGCAUUGGCGAAAGCCUCGCUAAGAUGGAGCUGUUCCUGUUUUUGGUCGCCUUGCUGCAGAAGUUCACGUUCUCUGUUCCUGAGGGAGUUGAACUGAGCACUGAAGGAAUCACAGGAACGACACGAGUGCCUCACCCCUACAAGGUGUCGGCUAAGAUUCGCUGAGCUGCGGACGUCUCACCAAAGUGUUUUCUACUCAAAAAGAUUGAGCAUAUUGUUUUGUUUUGUAAAAACUGUUGCAUUAUUGCUGCCUAUUAUUAUUACACUAUACUGAUUGUCUUUAGCUGUAUACAUCAUUAAGGCUGAAAUGUAUAUUAACCAAAAGAUUUUACUGUGUUAAACAAUUGUCAAAAUACCUCUAAAAUCGGUGGUUGGUCGGUGUGGUGAGCUCGACCAUAUUCCCUGUUACUCACAAAUUAAGAGAUAAUUUGGACAUUAAAUGUAUUACAUAAAAUAGAUAACAUAAGAGCUCUGUAAUGGUAUGUUUUAAUUGAUCAUUUUCUCUUUACUGAAAGACAACCAACUUAUAUGGUUGUCUUUUCUUUUUUAAAGGAUCAAGCACUUACGUAUUAAAUAAUGAAAUAAUGAUUGUUAUAGUGUCUUAACACUCUUAUUUUCUCUUAAGACUGUUAUAGACAGUCUUAAGAGAAAAUAGAUUUGAACAUCAGUCUGCCCCUCUAAAUUUAAAAGCUUCUCCUGAACGUAUUAAUAAGCAGCAUUAGAUAAGAUAUAUAUAUAUAUAAAAAUGUGUGUAUAUCUGGAGCAUGUAACAAAAGUAAUUUCCCUCUGGGAUUAUUAAAGUAUGUCUGAUUCUGAUUCUGAUUCUGAGAUAGGAAGUUGAUUGAAUUUUAAUUUGUAAUUUGUUAAAUUGCUUAAUUCCCUGCCAAAGCAUACUAAUUAAAGAAGCAUAAAACAUUUUA